AUGCCUUCCGUAAAGAGCAUCCUCUACUACAUGUUCCACCCGGAACAGCUCCGGAAGGUCUGGCACGAGCCCGUCUACCGCCGUGAUCCCUCGAAAGAGUCCGACACCCUCAAAUCAUGCUUCCACUACCUCGACCUGACGAGCCGGAGCUUUUCGGCCGUCAUCCAGGAGCUGAAUCCUGACAUGCUCGUGCCGAUUGCCCUGUUCUACCUCGUGCUGCGCGGUCUUGACACCAUUGAGGAUGAUAUGACGAUACCCCUCGAGAAGAAGGAGCCCCUUCUCCGUGGCUUUGACAAGCUCAUGAAGAUUGACGGCUGGACCUUCACCGAGAACGGCCCCAACGAGAAGGACCGCGAGCUGCUCGUCCACUUUGACGACAUCAUCGCCGAGCUGAAGAAGAUCAAGCCAAACUACUACGAGAUCAUCGAGGACAUCACCAUCAAGAUGGGCAAUGGCAUGGCAGACUAUGCCAUCAAGGCCGAGAAUGGCGAGGGAGUCGAGACCGUCGCAGAGUACGAGAAGUAUUGUCACUAUGUCGCCGGCCUGGUUGGCGAGGGUCUGACAAGGUUGUUCGUCGCCGGAGAGUGGGCAAACCCUGCGCUCAACGACCGCCCCGAGCUCACCGAGAGCAUGGGGCAGUUCCUCCAGAAGACCAACAUCAUCCGCGAUGUCCAUGAAGACUUCGAGGAUAAGCGGCGCUUCUGGCCCACCGCCAUCUGGAGCAAGCAUGUUGACAAGUGGGAGGACUUGUUCAAGCCAGAGAACAGGGAGAAGGCACUGCAGUGCAGCUCAGAGAUGGUGCUGAACUCGCUCAAGCAUGCCGACGAGUGUCUGUUCUAUAUGGCUGCCAUCCGCGAACAGAGUGUUUUCAACUUCGUCGCCAUUCCCCAGGCCAUGGCUAUCGCCACGCUUGAGCUGGUGUUCAGGAACCCAGCAAUCUUCGAAAGAAAUGUCAAGAUCACCAAGGGCGAUGCUUGCCAACUCAUGAUUGAGUCGACACAAAAUCUCAGAGUCCUCUGCGACGUCUUCCGGAAAUACGCCAGGAGGAUAGCGAAGAAGAACGACCCCAGGGAUCCAAAUUUCCUCGAGAUCAGCUCCGCAUGUGCCAAGAUCGAACAGUUCAUUGAGACUCUGUUCCCCACACAAGACCCCAAGAAGAUUGCUCUGGUUCAGAAGAAUUCCAAUUCCGAGGACGAGGAGAAGAUGGACCCCUGGGAGGGCCUCAUCCUCGUUGGUUCCGUGUUGCUAGCUUUGUUUUUGAUUUCAGCUUUGAUGAUCGGCGCUGCAUACCUCAUGGGUGCUAGAUUUGACAAGAUGUUCAGCGGAGAACCGUCAAGCCUCGUGCCAGCCGGCUCAAAACCGACGACAUCAUUACUCGGAGACCACGACGAGUUAUAG